GUCCGAGUCGCCGCAAAAGUCUUCUUGCCUUGAGCUCCGACGAAAUACCGGCGGCAUCAAGCUCUCUCUUGCUUUCUCUUCCCCAGCAGCCAUUGAAGUAAUCUUCUAAAGAUGGUAAAAACCAAACAGCAAAAGUCCAAAUCCAAGAAACAGACCCACAUAAAAAAGCAGGGAAAACAGGAGGAUAUUUCACAGCUCCGUGCUCAGCUGGAUACAUUGGGCCUAAAGAUUAUCCAGGUGACUGCAGAUGGUAAUUGCUUCUUCAGGGCCCUUGCAGAUCAAUUGGAAGGUAAUGAGGAUGAACAUGGAAAAUACCGGAGUAUGGUGGUCCAAUAUAUUGUGAGUAAUCGUGAAACGUUUGAGCCCUUUAUUGAAGAUGAUGUCCCAUUUGAUGAAUACUGCCAGUCCAUGGGAAAGGAUGGCUAUUGGGCCGGACAUAUGGAGCUGCAAGCUGCUUCCCUUGUUACUCAGAGUAAUAUAUGCAUACACCGAAACAUGACACCUCGCUGGUACAUAAAGAAUUUUGAUAGCUGCAGAACUCAAAUGGUGCAUUUAUCAUAUCAUGAUGGAGAACAUUAUAAUAGUGUGAGAUUAAAGGAGGAUACUUGUAGUGGACCAGCAAGGCCAAUUAUAAUAAAGGCUGAUGCUGAUCUUUCUGCAUCAUCUAAUCAAGCAAAAGCUGGGGUUACCAAGUCUAAAGGGGAAGCUUGUGAUGGCAGUAUCAAUCAGGGAUCCAUUAAAUUGGUAAUGGCUGGAAGUGGUUGUGAAAAUGCUGAAAAGGUUGAACAGGUUUUAUUGCAAGUACAUGGUGAUGCUGAUGCUGCAAUAGAGUUUCUGGUAGCAGAACGAGAAACGGAAGAAGGAGCUGUCGAAAAUGAUUCUCUUUCUUGCAAUACCAAUGCUUAUGAUGAUGAUGUAAAUGAAAGGUCUGGAAAACACAAGGAAGAGCCUGUAAGGGAGAAAAGCAAAGAUGAUCUAUUUAGCAAUAGUACCGAAGGAGCCUCUGACUCAAGACCAGAUGCUAAGAAGAUCUCAAGAAACAAAGUCUGCCCAUGUGGAUCAAAGAAGAAGUACAAAGCUUGUUGUGGAGCAGUCUCAGGGAGAUCCUCAGUCAAAUUUCUUAUGUAUACUACUUGAACUUUGUUUCUACUUACCUGCCUAUUUUUUCUGUUCAAAAUCAAAGUCAAUUUAUACUAAUUUCAUAGCACGAGUUUAACUCCUGUCUGGUUCUGCCCACUAAUAACAUUGGUAAGAAAGGCACCCUUUUUCAGAACAUGAAGUGAAACAGAAUCCCUGUGCGGCAUUCCUUCUGUUUAGUAGUGGUGUCAACCAGAGCUUUGUAUGGCAUGUCUCUCCUGAUUCCUAUUAAGGAACUCACAUUUUUUUCAUUUUAUCAGCAAGUCACUGAGAUCUACGCUUGGUGGUUUGCCAUUGACUUUUCUCAAAGUUGCUUAAAAACUCGAGAUCUCUUCAUUUUCUAAUUUCACAAAUUUGUUUCCAGUAACCAAACAGUUGAUUCCAGAAAGGGAAGAAAGGAAAGAAAACAAGGCAAGAAGGGAGGAUCUGCUGAUUCUAUAGCAUCCUCUGGAUCUGGAGGGCCACCUGACAUGGGUGCACUCUGUAUAUGAUCUUCCUUUUCAUCAUUCAAGAGGAUAAGGACUCCUGCUGUCUGCUACUGGGAAAUGAACUACAGUGCAAAUUGCAAGGCCUCCCUUGAAAGAUCUGGAUUUUAUAGUUUUAUUUUUGGUGGCUCAUUUCACAAUCUGAAUGUAAGCAAGCCAUAUGGCCCUCUGAUAUAUCUGUAUGUGACUCUAGUUCUUGGCAAAAGCAAGAUUACAGAAAAAGGAAAGAUGGGGAAAGCAAAGAAAUGGAAAUGUUACAAUUCGAUUUUUGUUUAUGAUAGAUAUAAUAUCAGAUGAGAUGGUACAUUAUCAAGGAGUCUUUUUUUUUUUCUGAGAUGUAUAUAUAUCUUUAAUGAUUAUACAGGGGUUAAUGACAGUUCGUUCUGCCCUAGCUGGAAUGGUCCUU